GCUCGCGUCCUCCCUUCGCUCUCCUCCAUCCCUCCCUCCAUCCCUUCCUCCUCCUUCUCGCCGUCGCUCCCGCCCCGCUCCCCGGAGCUGAUGUCACGCACCCGCUGAAGGCGCGGGCGAUCAUGGCUGCUGCGGCCGCGGCCGUGCCGCCGGCCUCCAGCUAAUGCCCGCGAUGGAGCCGGCCAGCCUGCUGCGGUUCCUGCGGAAGCUCAAGGAGGUUUUCGACGUGUGCGAUGAGGAUGCGGACGGGUUUAUCCGGGUGGAGCACUUCGUCGCCCUGGGGCUGCAGUUCGGCCAAGGGGAUGAGGUGGAAAAACUGGCAAAGUACUUGGACCCAAAUGAUUUGGGAAGAAUCAAUUUUAAGGACUUCUGUCACGGAGUUUUUGCUAUCAAAGGCUGUGAAGAUUUACUAAAAGAUGUCCUGUCUCCUGAAAACUCUGAGCCCCAGCACUACCAGCCACAAUAUGUUGAUUACUAUUACCAGGGUGGUGAUAUCCAGGACUGUGCCUACUUGGACAGCGAAAGCGCCUACAGCGAGUCGGAGCUGUUUCCUGAUGAGGACGUGAUGACUCUGGCACAGCAGGAGGUUCACCAUGAGUCUGACAUGGACAGUGCCAUCGAGAGCGCCCAGAGCUCGGAGGCCUCGGACGUCUGUCGGAGCGAGGACAAGGACGGGGUGCUCGGUGGCCUCUUCCUGCCUGGUGACAAGUCAAGUCCUCACAACCCUUCUGCAGCAUCUGACCUCUCCACUUAUUCCACCGCCUCUCUGAUCAGUAAUGAAGAACAGUUUGAAGACUAUGGGGAAGGAGAUGAUGUGGAUUUUACUCCCAGUAGCCCAUGCCCUGAUGAUGAGACCAGAACCAACGCCUACUCUGACCUUGGCUCAUCUGUAUCUUCCAGCGCUGGCCAAACCCCCCGAAAAAUGAGACAUGUUUAUAACAGCGAGUUACUGGAUGUUUACUGCUCACAGUGCUGCAAAAAGAUAAAUCUUCUCAACGAUUUGGAAGCCAGGCUGAAAAAUUUGAAAGCAAACAGCCCUAACAGGAAAAUAUCAAGCACAGCUUUUGGAAGACAACUCUUCCACAACAGUAACUUCAGCAGCAGUAAUGGCAGCACAGAAGACUUGUUCAGAGACAGCAUAGACUCCUGUGAUAAUGAUAUCACUGAAAAGGUAACGUACCUAGAGAAGAAGGUGACAGAAUUGGAGAAUGAUAGCCUGACAAAUGGUGACCUGAAGAGCAAAUUGAAACAAGAGAAUACACAGCUGGUUCACAGAGUUCAUGAGUUAGAGGAGCUACUGAAAGACCAAGAAACAUCAGCAGAACAGACUCUAGAAGAAGAGAUAAAGAGGCACAGAGAAGCUUACACCAAGUAUGAAAAAGAGAAAGGCACUGAAAUUGAACUGCUAAAUACAAGGGUUCAGCAACUGGAAGAAGAAAAUGGUGAUCUGAAAUGCACUGUUACACGGCUGAAAUCCCAAACGGAGAGAUUGGAUGAGGAGAGGCAGCGCAUGUCUGAUAGGUUGGAAGACACAAGUCUGCGACUGAAGGAUGAGAUGGAUUUGUACAAGAGGAUGAUGGACAAGCUGCGGCAGAACAGGCUGGAAUUCAACAAGGAGAGGGAAGCCACACAGGAGCUCAUCGAAGACCUGCGGAAGGAACUGGAGCACCUGCAGCUGUACAAGCUGGAAUGUGAACGUCCUGGACGUGGGAGAAGCUCUUCCUCCAGCCUGAGUGAAUUCAAUGCCAAAACCAGAGAGGUGGAAAUGGAGCAUGAAAUAAAACGGCUGAAGCAGGAGAAUCAGAAACUUCGUGACCAAAAUGAUGAUCUUAAUGGACAGAUUCUAAGCCUCAGUCUUUAUGAAGCUAAAAACCUCUUUGCAACGCAAACAAAAGCCCAGUCACUGGCUGCUGAAAUCGAUUCUGCAUCGAGAGAUGAGCUCAUGGAAGCCCUCAAAGAACAGGAAGAGAUAAAUUACAGAUUGCGACAGUAUAUGGACAAGAUAAUUUUGGCAAUCCUGGACCACAAUCCAUCUAUCUUGGAAAUAAAGAAUUGAAGAGAAUAUGAGAAGGAAAAGCAGCAACUGCCUGAUAUUUCUGCACAUGCCACUGGAUCUAAGCAGCACUCUUGAUACUGUAAAUGAAUCUAUAAAUAUAUAUACACACUAGGUGUGAGUGUGGGUGCGCGGGUGUGUUUAUAUGAUGUUUGGUACACUGUUAUUUGUCAUUGAAUUGGCUUGGUUAGACUUUUUCCAUGCACUUUCAAUACCUGUGAUGAGAUGGAUACUGUAUAUUAAUGUAAUAACAAUAUAACUGGAUCAUGCUGUUUUAGAUACUGGACAAAAUUACUCUACCUCUAGUUGUAAAAGUAAAAAAAGACAAUGGAAACAUAUGGAUGUGGCCCUAACUAAAGGAGCAAGAAUUUUUUUCUUCGUUCUUCCAGGAAUUUGGGUACCACAAACCAAUUGACAUACCCAGGUUCAGUUCCUGACUGGUGCUGACUGUGCAAUUUCCUAUUUGAUUUAGUUUUAAUACUUAAAUCACACAUCAGAUUAAGAAAAAACACAAAACAAAUACAACAAAAAACAAACUUUGGGAAAAGACACAAAGUAAAUGGGAAGAAAAGGAAGAUAUUGCAGAAUUUUUGCUAUUUAUGAAGAAUCACCAUCCACUUGUUUGCCACUGUCAGCACAAAGUGUUUUUGAUGUAAGACCACUUUGGAGCCUGCUUUGGGAUGCUCUGAGGCUGCUCUCCAGUGUGUGUGCAUGUGUGUUUUUUUAUGCCAGGGUCCCUGUAGCAUUGAGGCAAAGAGCUUUUCAAAUCUGUUCCCCUAUUUUCAGGGGUAUAUCAUGGGCCAUUAAGAUGAAUUCUGAGAUUCUGCCCCUUCCCCUCAUGCUGAUUUUAGAGAUUUCACUGAAGGAAUACAUUCCAUUUCUUACCAAAAAAAAAAAUAAAAAAAAUAAAAAAAAGAACAACAAUAACAAAAAAUUUGCAUGAAAUACCUGACUUCAGGGGGAGGAGGAGGACCCACCCUUGUCAUGAUGUGCUGAGUUGCUUUCCCACCGCAGAUAGCUGCACUCCUUUGAGAAUGGCAUUUUUUGGGCAGGCUGUGCAGAGGAACGGCUGGUUCCUGGCAGAGGACAGUCUGAUACAGAGUGGCUUUUAGGCAGGAAAAAGAGCUUCAUCUUGCAGGAGUUGCCAAUCUAGACUGAGUACACAUGUGCAUAUCUAAAGCUCUGAGUAGGGAACACAUCCCCAUUUAGAUGAGCAGUUGUGCAGGUGCUUAAGUGUGUGCUGCAUCUGCUCAUGGGUGUCAGUGGGACAGAACAUUAAGCUUUAAAGUUGAGCGUAUGCUUAAAUGCUGCCUUAAAUAGGGAUGACUUCAACAUGUGCCUGUGUUCUCCAGAGCUGGAUCUAUACUGUAGGGCUAGGACGUUUUUAAUUAAUAAUGUAGCUUAUAUAAGGAGCCUAUGGAAUUGUUUGGGUAGUUGAAUGCUAAAAACAAAUUUUAUUCCAUGCACUUUUUUUAAAAGUAAAAGUUUCACACUUUUGAUUCACGCCAACUGGCACAGAAAAAUCAGCCAAGUGUCUGGCUUUCCCCAGUGCAUAGAGACGUGUUUCCUCUAUUGAAUACACUCCCCAGAAGAAUGUUACAGUAGCAAUGACUGUGCUUUUCUGUGUAUUUCUUGCUGUUGGCAGUGUCUUGCCCCUAGUAUUCUCUUGAUGUAUCUUGGUGUGUAUAUGUGAUGCAUUUUUCCUGAAUUUGAAUACAUAAAACUGUAUUCAGUUAUGGAUGUAAAUAUAUAUAUAUUUUUUUCUGCAAUCUCUGUGCUCUUGCCUUCAGUGAUGUGUUACUGGAGUGAUGGGAAGCAGGGGACCUUCUGAAAUCAGGCAUUCUUGAAGGCAAGAAAAUAAAAACAGUUUGUUUCUAUGUAUCUGCAUAGGCAGGUGUAAAGUAAGUGUAAAGAAAGAGGGACCAGAGGAAUGACUGAGGGACACAAGACCCCAGUGCACAAAGGUCUGCAGUGCUCUGGGAUAAAUGGGACAGUCUGGUUCAAACAGUGAUGUCACAGGGCUGUGUUCCUGGGGUAAUGUGGAAGAAAGGAUUUAAAGACCACUCCUUUGCCACCUGGAAAUGGUGUAAGAUGUAACACUGCAGCAGCUUCUGUUUGUGUAGAAGUAGAUGGAACCCCAUGGAAACCCCACACAUCCACCUUUCCCACCUGCUGCUGUCUCUGGAUGUGCCACCCAGAAGGUGGAAGAGGAACAGUUCAGCCAGCUCGGUGCUUCCUGCCUGCAGGACUCCUCACUUGCACUUCAGUGAUGGCAUUUCCCUCUCCCUGGUGCUGUCUGUGGGUAGUGCCAGGGACUUUACUCUUUUUGUAGGCCACAGAGAACUCUUCCACACUGUCUCAGGGGGCUGUUGCAAACCUGCUGUGACAAGCAGGGCUGGGUGACCCAGCAGCCCUGCCUCUGGAGCUGACUGUUUUGGGGAAGUUGCACUGCUGUCCUGCUCCAUGGAGUGAUUUUCAAUAAGAGUGAAGUUGUUGCAGCUUAGGCUGGUGACUGAAUGUUUUCCCCUAAUUAUUUUUAAGUAAACUGGACUCAGCUUCAAAAUUUCAAUGAUCUAAAGUCCAUUCCCAUUAGGGUGGAACAUCAGCAAAUGUUGAGGACUGUUUCACUGAAAGCAAAGCCUGUGGACUUGAACAGAAAACAUGACUAUAGUGAUAGCCAAGUUUUUGUGCAGAUAAUUGUAUGUAGGAGGUGAACAGUCACUAGUAGUGACAAAUAGUCACCAAAUCUGGCUGAUAUCCAGAAAGAGAUAUUCUAGCCAAGGGUACCAAGCAGUGGAAAUUUCUUAGGACUUGCAGGACUUCUUGUUCAGCUUUGUACCCAGCUGUGUUAGUAUUUAGAAGCUCUUCCUUGCUCUAGUGUUUGCAUUUGAAGAGAUGUCUUACCACCAUGUUGGUGGUGUUUGUAGCUGUGUUUUAUUGUGUAAAGGAGGCAUCCUUCUGCUCCUGUGGGGCCCGUGGUGUCAUACUGCCAUCUGUUACUGUGGAAAUCAUAUCCAGAUACUUGCUAUGUUUGACAAAUAAUGUGAGUUGGAGGUGGGAGAGGCAUUUCACUGGCAGAUAUAUUUUCCUCUAAGGUAUCCACCUCUAAAAAUACUAAUUAGCAAUUGCAUUCUUGGACUGAGUAACUGCAAAUGUUAGACCAACUUGUCUUGCAACUCAAGCCCUGGAGAACCCUUUUAUCCCAGAAAAGAAGUCAUUGUGUUUUAUGACAUGCAGGUAAUUUGGUAAUAAAGGAUCACUUGAUGGCUCACUGGGACAGGGAAAAGAAUGAUCUGAUACCAGUUUUGCAGAGAGUGCAUAUUUUCAUCAAGUGUCAGACAGAGACUGGCAGAAACAGACAGGAGAUGUUAAAAAUAGGGAGACAACUCAUUUUGCUGUCUGUUCUCUGAUAAAUGUCUUAUUUCUUUGCUGUGGACAUCCUUUGUGUUCUCAGGCUGGCCAGGAAAGCACAGCCUGCCUCUGUCAGUGUUACUGUUGGUGGAACAAGGGCCUCCCUUCCCUGGGUAAAUCACUUCAGACACAGAAAUAUGGUAUCAUCUCCUUCUAUAGCAAUACACAAAUGCAGUAAACACUCCUGUGCCAAACCCAUGGUUCUAUUUAACCUUUGGAGAUGCAAACACAAUCCCAGGUAUUGUAUCUUGAUCUGUUCCUUGGUUCAUUUUGACCUUACAUUCUGAAAAGUUAAAUGAUAUUCUGGUCAAACCUGUUGCAAACCACUACAGGUAUUUCUGGACAGUGAAAAAAAAAUUACUGGAUUUUGGCUAGAAGCUGCCCAUAGUCAGGCUAGUCCCACACAAGGUACUGCAGAAAAAUUACCUCUUUCCAAAAUUGCACUUAAAGAGUACCUGAAAUAUAGUCUCUCAAGAUUUUUCUGGUAUUGGCUGCUUCCUUCCAGACUUCAGAUGCUGCCUAGUUCUGAUUUCAGAAUGAUGCUUAUUCAAAACUGCUUUGACAUCAAAAGUAGAUUUCUCAGCUUUUUGAAUAGCUUCUAUUUAAGACUGAAGCUGUUUGAGAAUUUCUCUUGAAGUGCAACAUUGAUGAACUGUAACCAUCCCAUCUAUUUUUAAGGAAUUUUUAAUAUGCAAAUAUGUAGGAAGUUUCAAAAAAACCCUAGCAGCCAGUGUACUUUUGUUGCCAACUUUCCUUUCAUGGCCUUUGGGAAAAAUUCAGAUAUUUCUCAGCCAGCUCUGUAGGGAGUUGAACACAGCAUUAUUAAUUCUCAAAGAUGUGUAUCAACAAAUAUUUUGCUGUCUGAGUGCAGCAAUGCUCCAUUUACUUUGGUAGAACUGCAUUGCUCUCCAGAGAGGAUCUAGACCGACAGUGUUUAGGCUCCUUAAUCUGGUUUGUAAAUGGGGCUUGGAAGCUGAUAUAUAAACACACAUUGUGGGCUGCUACACGAGACACUACUCAGUGGUCUGUGCAUCAUAGUGCCCGUGACAUGUGAUGAGUCUAAGAAGUAGAAUUUACAAAUAAAAGAAUGCUUUUUUUUACAUUCUUUAAUGGCAGUGAAUAUGCAGUGGUUUUCUUUUAAAACAAAUACUGUAUGGUGUGGUCUGAGGGAUUUUUUUCCAAGGAAGGAAGGAAGUAGCAGCUGAUCAAACACUUGCCAGAUCAGUGGCUUGGCUUAUACUGAUUUAAGUGAAAACUUGACUCAGACUUUACAUGAGCAGUUCCUGGUGUAAGUAGCAAUGCUCAUGUUCUUGUCAAGUAAUUUGUUACUCAAGAAACAUUGUCAAGAAAUCAUGACAGGUGAUGUAAAACAGCUGGUUGGUUUUAAAGGACAUAGUUCCACGGUUCUGACUAUUUGUUCCCUUGCAUCUCAGUAUUUUUGAAUUCAAAAUAUUGCUCCUAGGAGCAUUUUGCUGUUAAAUCAUGCAUGGGUUUCUAGUUAAUGAAACUCUGCAUGUACCUUUAGAGUUCGAUGAGGAUUGCAGUUGGUGUUGGGUCCGCAUCCUGUCAUUCUGCAUAAUGCACAGGGAGUUGCUCUGAUGUGCAAGAGAGUUGUUUCUUUCUGGAACUCUUCCUCAGUGUUGUGUUGACAUUUACACUCUUGGACUUGUCCCCAGCCACUGUCAGGUGUCUGUGUGCCUUGGGGCAGCACUUUGAGAAGAUGGGAGGGACAAAUUCAGUAUUCUUGGCUUCAAUGUGACUUUAGCUACCAAGGCAAGAAUUUCAGUCCUGUCUUCAUACCAGGCCAGUCCUAUCCUUGCCUUCUUUGUGGUCAUGAAAACUGGUUGUGUCCCAUGACAAAACGUUUUAGCUGAUUCUCAUGGUUUCCAAGCAGGUAGGGUGAGUAACCCUGAAGGUGAUCCAGGUGAGGGAUCCCUGGGAUGUGCCUCAGUUCUGUCCAGGUGUCCCACAACACGCUCUACUGCCACACUCUGGGAGGCUCAGGCCUGCAGCUCAGCAUGGCCAGCACAUCACAGAGGUUGCAGCAGCAGCCAGUGAGGAUCUGCAGGGAAAAUCUGCAGGCAGGGAGGGCCACACUACAAUAGUUUGCCACAGUGUGGAGCCAGCUGACAGGGCUCCUGGUGUUCUCUGCACCCUGGGUUUCAGCUUGCUGCCUUCAGUCUGGGGCUUUUGUUCAACUGCAAGAGUAGUACCUGGUCGAACGUACUGUUAGAGAGAUUCGUUUUUACUUAAACUUACUUUUACUUAAACUAGCUGUACUAAUGAAAACAUUGACAAACAUGGGCUUCUGCAGUGUAAUUUGGACACCUAGCCCUGGAAUGGAGGUGCUGUGAGUGGAGCAGCAGUGAGCUGUCAGCUUUGCUGUCACUAUUCUGGACAUGGUGACACCCUGGAAACCCCUCAGAGCCGCUGUGCCCCAGUGAGGGGUGGCAGGUGACUGUUCUGGGGGACACAUCUGUGCAGAUGGUAAGGAGGGCUGCAGAUACUCCUCCUCCCAGUGAUGAUCUUGCACUCCACAGCAUCAGCCCUGUUUUAUUUACUACCUUAUCCAUAGCUAAAUUAUUCUGGGUUUGGAGAAAGGACAUCAGAAGGAGAACCAAGAAUUUAGUUAGUAUCCUGUGAACACUUCAGUACACUACAGGGCAGUAAAUGUUGCACUGAUAUAUAUUUAAAUACUGAGACAUUUUAAGAAUUACUGUAAAAUCAGUUGUGAGAGCCAUUUGUUUUUCUCUGUUGCACAGACUAGUCACAUUUUUUGCAUGGUUACAUAUUUUAGUACUUGUGCCUUUUACUUCUCUGUUGUGAAGAAAACAUUUUAUUUUCACAUUUUAUCAUCUGGUUUUUGACACUUUUUAUAUACACUUCUCUAAUCAUCUGGUUUCUUGUAAUGUACAUGUGUAUAUAUAAAAUAGAUCAGAUUUGUAUUCAUGUGCCUCUGAGAUGUAAAAAAUACUCAUUUUGUACAGGUUUUUUUAGAAGCACUAGGUCAUGGUCUAAAUUACGUAGCAAAUGAAAUUUAACAUAAUUAGCAGUUCUUUGUCUUCUUUUAGGAAUGUUGUAUCAGCUGGUUGGUCUCUUGUAAGGCAAUGUCACACACUCUGCAGAUUUAUUGUUGUAGUAUUGUUAUGAGACCAAUUCUAUCCACUUGUUGGCUUCAGUUAAUUCAAAAUAAUAAAACAAUUAAAUGUUACAGUCUUGA